AUGGAGAUUCUUCCGUCUAACUACUUUCUUCUACUUGUCCCUUUACUUCUCCUUCCUCUAUAUUUUCUCACAACCAGAAAAUUUGAUGAUGAUCAAAACAAACCCAACUUCCCACCUGGUCCUCCUAAGCUGCCAAUCAUUGGUAAUUUCCAUCAACUUGGGAAACCACCUCAUCAAGCACUCUCAAAACUAUCCAAAAUAUAUGGUCCGGUCAUGCUUCUACAAUUUGGUAGUGUGCCAACUCUCGUAAUCUCCUCGGCUGUAGCUGCCAAACAAGUCUUGAAAACACUUGAUCUUGAGUUUUGUACUAGACCUCCACUUACUGGAAUAAAACGUCUUUCGUAUAAUCACCUAGACAUCUCGUUCGUACCUUACGGAGAAUACUGGAAAGAGGUUCGUAAAAUAUGCAUGCUUGAGCUUUUAAGCGUAAAAAGGGUUCAGUCUUUUAAGGCAGACAUGGCAGAGGAGAUUGAUGUUUUGAUUGAUUUCAUAUCACUUUCUUCUGAUACUUGUCGUCAUGUUGAUAUUUUUGAAAUGUUGACAAAUUUUACGCAUAAAACAAUUUGUAGAGUUGCUUUUGGUAGCGCAACUGGUCAAAGUAGGAACCUGUUUAAUGGAAGACUUACGGAAAUCCUUUUUGGGGCCAUGUCUGUAUUGAGUGGUUUCUAUGCCAGCGACUUCUUUCCUAAGGUUGGAUGGAUUGUUGAUAGGAUCACUGGAAUCCACGGUAGAACUGAAAAUGUUUUUCAAGAUUUGGAUGAAUUAUUUCAACAAAUGAUACAAGAACAUCUCAACCCAGCGAGACCGAAACCGGAGCAUGAAGAUCUCAUAGAUGUUUUUCUUAAACUAGAAAACGAUCAAAUUAGCAGUACGGUUCGUCUUGCAAAUGACAACAUCAAAGCAAUUCUCAUGAAUAUAUUUCUUGCUGGAGUAGACUCAUCAGCUGUUGCAGCGAAUUGGGCAAUGACAGCUGGCUAA